AUGUGCAGAAAGAACUGGGGUGGAGGUGGCUUGGCUUUGCCAAUCUCAGUGUUGGGUCCACAGUGCGACGUGCUGGUGGAAGAGUUUGAGGAGGUCAUCGAGGACUGGUACAGGAACCACCAGGAGAAGGACCUGACCGAAUUUCUCUGUGCUAACCACGUGCUGAAGGGCAAGGACACCAGCUGCCUGGCAGAACGGUGGUCCGGCAAGAAAGGCGACACAGCCGCCCUGGGAGGGAAGAAGUCCAAAAAGAAGAGCAGCCGGGCCAAGGCCUCAGGCGGCAGGAGCAGCAGCAGCAAGCAGAGGAAGGAGCUGGGGAGCCUUGAGGGAGACCCGGGCCCUGAGGACGAGGAGGAAGGCAUCCAGAAGGCGUCGCCCCUGCCGCACAGCGCCCCCGAUGAGCUCUGAGCCUGGGUCCCUGAACUGACGCACACGGACCCGAAGCCCAGCAGCUCUGGCCACGAGGGCUCCUCAUCCAGCUUCCCGCGCCCUCGUGUCCCGCGUCGCUGCCCCCUGCGGGCCCAGCACAGACACAGCCCGGAGCUGGGGCAGAAGCCA